AUGGAUGCCAUGACGUUGACGGCCGGUGAGGCUGUAAAGAUCUCCCUCCAAGAUGACGACGAGUUCUUGGGCGACGAGGACUUCCAAUACGAUGCCGCGGUGAUCUCCAGCGAGGAGAUUGGACAAAGCUUCGUGACGUGCUCGCUGUCUCUCUCCCGCUUCGGCCACUACGCGACGGCGUCGGCGGCUCUGCUCGUCCUCCGGUUCGAGCUGGGCGGUCCGCCCGGCAACCGGCACCGUUUCAAGUCGGCCAGCAUCCUCGCGCGCCUGCGACCCCUCACCACCACCCUCGAUGCCGCCGCCUCCUCCUCCUCCUCCUCCUCCCUCAGCGUGCUCAAGUAUUGGCCGGAGCGGUGGAGCGACGUGCCCUCCGCCAAGGCCGUCGAGCGGCGUCUUGGCGCCGGUCUGAGCUCCGGCAGCAUCGGGGCGCUGGCCGUGCAGUCGGCCGCGCAGCGCUCCGUCUCGUACACGCGGCACGCCCAGCGGCGCGUCCGCGGCGUCGCCUCGGGCCGCCCGGUGCUCAGCCAGGUGCAGUGGACGCUCGAGGAGAACGAGCUCGAGCAGGACGGCAUCUGGGAGCACUUCCGGCUCGCGCUGCUGGUGCGCCACGACGGCAAGUUCACCAUCGACGUCGCCAUCAAGACAAAGGUCGGCUUCAGCGCGGAUCCGCGCAAGUAUCUACUGCGCCCACUCAAGGGCAGCUCGGGGGCGAGGAUCGUGGACCCGACGCUGCCGAUCGGCGAGGCUGACGCGGCGCUGGACGGGAACCCGGACCUCCGAGGCGUCGACCUGGCAGGGUUCACCGGGUUUACCUAG